AAGCAGCUCGCUGACAGAGUGCCACCAGCCACAUCCCUCGCCACCGCUCUCCACCACUCUCCUUUCCUCACACAAACCCAGCUGUCCACAGUCAGGACCACCUCAUCCUCUCGCUCUCAUCUUCAAUGUUUCUCCCUUUCGUUGAGUGAGCCAUGAGGCUGAAAAUGAUCUCUACGACUUUGGAUUUUGUGCUUCAUUCAUCAAUCAACACUGUAUAUUUCCUCAGUAUUGUUUGAAUUUGAAUAUUGUGUAUUUGAAUGCUCUCUUUCACCAUUAUAGGAACAGGGACUAUACAGCAGUUGUUCAGGUAAAGUCUGUUCUUCUGCAAAAAAGACAGUUACAGGCAGUGAGCUACAGUAGGACGUGUUUCUUGUGCAAUUAAAAGGUUCACUUCUCUCUAACUCUCUCCUAAUUUCCCUGAAAACUGUAAAUGAACAAAGGAGGAGGAAAGUGGAGGAUGCUUUGACUACCAAAUGACUGUGACAGAGUGAGGCCUGUCUGAAGCCUACCUGUGUCCAGACCAUAUCUCUCCAUGAUUGCAGCACCUCUCCCGAUUUGCAUUACUGUCCUCCACUCUAAGCUGUGCUGAACCACAGAGAAAUGUAUUCUUUGCAUUUUUCAUUUGCUUUGUUUAAAUGCCCGCCUCUCCUUUUUCCAUGUGUAUCUGGUCUUAUCUGCAUUGUAUGCAUAUCCAUCAACAGACAAAAACAGUCCCUGCUGUAAGCUGGCUGCAUGACUCAAUAAAUAUUGUAAUUCAGGAGAAAAUACUGAGAAGAGAUUCCAAAGUGCAAAAGUCUAAUGGAGGCAGUGAAAUGCUGACUUGGAUAUCUUACUAGUCUAAGAUAUUGGUCGAGAUAUAACUGAAACAAGUCACAUUAAUACACAUGUCAUUUUAAUACCCGUCAACUCCCCUUUUUUUAUACAACAGUUCCUUCACAUAAAUCGUAUACAAAUAAUGUUAAAACGUUCCUGUUCACCAUUCCUGUCAAUAACACAGAGGUAUAUAAUGAUUAUAAUGAGUUUCUGGGUAUAUUUACUGACAAUUUGUAGUUGUGACUGACUAUUGUGAGUCUACCCAAGCAGACAAAUUAGAUGUCUCUUGGUAUAGCAGGACCAGGAGGUGUGUCUUUCAAAAGAGUUCUUCCUAACCCCUCCCAUCGCUCCCUUUCUAACGUUAACCUCAGUCAUUUUUUCAAGGGGUACAAGACCUCGGUUAUUCUUCUGGCGAUUUGCCCACACAGACAUAGAUCCAGACACUGGAACCUCAGGGCGGUGUGUUCUCUCAAUCUCUCACCUAGCUGGGUAUCUUGUACUGCGGCCAUCCUCUACUCACCUUUGACAUCCACUCUUCACAACGACCUCAGAGUUAGUGGUUAUCUCUGUAAGAAUGGAGGAUUCCUCUGAACAGUCUCACUGGGUGUCUCCAGCUCUGCUCAGCUCUGAUCCCCUGGCCAGCUUCUCCUCAGAGCCUGGCUUACUACCUCCAGGAGAGGAGGGAGAGCCCUUCUUCUCCAACCCUGAGACUGACUACACCAGCCUUCCCUCCUACUUCUCCAACCCCAGCCACAGCAGGGCUCCAUCAGGCUACAGACAGAGCUCAGUUCGCCAGGUGUACUCCUCACCCUCUCUCCUUGGCAACCUUCAAUGGCUGGAUGGCCCUGGCAGCCACUCUCUGAGCUCUCCAUACAACCCAUCAUCCUCUACCUGGACCAGCAACCCUUUCACUAAGACUCCUCUGCACCCAUACACCCCAAACUCCCUUUAUGCCUCCAGCGCCACGUCCUCGUUCACCUCCAGAGAUGGGUACUCCUCUCCAGGUAGGGAUGGCAAGGAGAGUCCCAGGCUUCAGGAGGCCCUGAAGGCCGAGCGCUUGAGUCCUUUGGGUGGAGGUGGUGGAACCAGUUUUCUGAAUCUGACUUCUGCUGCUGGGAGUGUGUGCACACCAUCUCCCCACGCCCAUUCACACAUGCUGGGCCCCUACAGCUCGUACAUGACCUCUCCACAGGACUACACAAUGGCAGGCCUUUACUCCUCCCCAGGAGCAUGGAUGAGCCCCUCCUCCUACUCCCCCAAACUACGUAAUAAGAUGAGGCUGUCUCCACCAGAGGCCAGAGAGUGUGUCAACUGUGGAGCCACUGCCACCCCUCUAUGGCGUCGAGAUGGAACAGGACACUACCUGUGUAACGCCUGUGGGCUUUACCAUAAGAUGAAUGGCCAAAAUCGUCCCCUGAUCCGACCAAAGAAAAGACUGAUUGUCAGCAAGCGGGCUGGGACUCAAUGUGCCAACUGUCACACCAGCACCACCACGCUGUGGAGACGGAACGCCAGGGGUGAGCCUGUGUGCAACGCCUGUGGACUCUACUUCAAGCUGCACAACGUCAACAGACCCCUUACUAUGAAGAAAGAUGGUAUCCAAACACGAAACCGUAAAGCGUCCAACAAGAACAAGAAGGGCAAGAAGAGCGCCAUGUUGGAGCAGUACCCUGACCUUUCACAGGGUCUCCCCCUCGAUGACCACGGAGGCCCCUACUCGCUGGGUCCAGGGUCACAGCUCUCCUACAGCCACACCCCUCACUUCCUCUCCCCACCCUCCGGCCUGCACCCGUCUGUCAGCCUGUCUUACACCCAUCACCCAAACACUGGCAUGGUGCCCACACUGGUGUGAAACAGACCUAGACACAUUCAGACCCAUAAAGGCAACAUACAGCAUAUACAGUACAGACACAAACUCACCUACUGAGGAAUAGCUUCUUUGUAGCAAUGGAUGCCUUGUACAUAAAUGCAUUUAGACUUUUUUCCUUCCUAUUUUAUGUGUGAAGUUGAUCUUGUCUUAACACUGGACAUAAUACUGCACAUUUUUACAAGAUCAAAAAAUAAAAACUUUUAUGGAAGGAUUUGAUUGUAUUUUGUUAAAGGCAUAUUCUAUUUUUAUGAAAACUAAAACUUUAAAAGUAAAGUUUAAACUUCCCACUGUAAUCAUUGAUACGGGUAACACUGGUAUAAACUUGUAGCUAGCUGUAUUUCGUAAAUACGUACUGAAUUGUGUGGACUAAAGUUGCCAUAUCCCUUUUCAAAUGUUUAUGAUUUUAGUUGAAGGUGAAAGGGCAUUAAAAUGUGAAUUUUUUGUAUUUGCUACAUUUCUAUAUUUGUAAUUUCUUACAAGCUCCUCAUAAACAAUAAAACAUGAAUGGUAAAAUUAAGAAAA